UCUUCCUGUCUAUCUCAAUCAACAAUAAAAAAAGAUGAAACCUUUAACAAACGAAAAAAGUUGCUGUUCAGGGUCGUCUCAGUCGCCAGCUAGAUAACUAACGUGACCUAAACUCGAGCACUCUUCACGACAGACUACAGCUAGUUUUGUCGAAGGAGCCUAAACGGCACAGGGCUGACAAACCGGACGGUGUCGCUGUCUGCCAAAACUCCACAACAGAACGAGACGAACGCGAUUAACACAUCAUGCCUCAUUAUCCCCGCGGCAGCAAGUUGCUGCGGACUUGUGUUCCCCGUAGUAGGGCUUUAAAGUACAGUAGCAGCAGUUGCACAUGGCUGCAGGGCGCUAGGUCAGUGUGUAAACAUGCGUGCGGAUAGUAAGCCUGCUUGUAUUUAUGACUGAGUAGGAACACGGGAGGAAGCCUCUGUCUGCUGUAUCACUCACUUCAGUCCCGUUAGAUGACCCGAGUGCUUUAUUGCCGUUCUUGUGCACCGGGGGAACUGCGCGCUAUCCACGGAGUAACGCCAUCGAUAUGUUUCAACAGACCGCCCUGGUUUGAUUUAUAUUUGGGGAGACGAAUUUGACCCCUGGAAUAUUCAUCGAUGACCACAUUACAUGCAAAGAUAUUUUCGUAAUUUAUUUCGGACGGAAAGGCCAAGCAAAGUGUCAGGAAUGCCCCUGUUGCUGCUGCUGGCCGGGGUGAUCCUGCUCUGGUCGGACCCCGGCUCCGCAUCUGAGCAGGCCGAGCUGAUGUUCUUGGGGCAGACCCAGUUCGUGUUCAACGAGAGCAGCGAUGCAGUGGUCCGCCUGGUGGUAAAGAGAGAGGGCGACCCUGUCAACGUCACAGUGCUGGUCUUGCUGGAGGGAGAGGACACGGGAGACUUUGUUUCCAGCACGGCCGCAGCCUUCCUGCUGACCUCAGAGUCCAUCAAGACCAUCUUCAUCGGUGUGGAGGACGACAACCUGCCCGAGGCCGACGAGACCUUCACCUUCAACCUCAGAAUACAGAGCUCGUCCAAUGGCGUGAUACUGGGGACGCCGAACAAAGCCACCGUCACCAUCCUGUCCAACGACAACGCCUUUGGAAUCAUUGCCUUCAACUCUACCGAAGAGAUCACCGUGGAUGAACCAAAGAACGGCAGCCAUCUUGUGCCGCUGACCUUGGUCAGAGAGAAGGGCACGUAUGGAACGGUGACCGUCCACUAUGAGGUGUCCGGGGGUCCGAACCCGGCCAUCGAGGACCUCAGCCCGGACAGAGGGAACAUCACCAUCCCCCCCGGCAUGGCCGUGGUGGUCUUCAACAUCUCCAUCCAGAACGACCAGACCCCCGAGGACGACGAGGUGUUCUGGGUGCGUCUGACGGGCGUGGCGGGCGGGGCCCUCCUGCGGCCCAACGGCAGCAUGGUGGCCCUGAGGGUCCGGCGCAACGACAGCCCGCUGCGCUUCUCCCAGGCCUCGCUGGGGGUCCCCGAGACGGCCGGGGUCAUCACCCUCACUGUCACCCGGGGCCGUCUCACCGAGGGGGGCCCGCUCAUCGGCUCCGACGAUACCGAGGUGUCCGUGGACUACGUGGUAGUCAGCGGCCACGGGGCCGCCAGCGCCACGCCCGCCGUGGACUUCACGGACCUCCAGGCGGUCCGCACGCUCACCUUCCCGCCCUUCGUGUACGAGGCGCAGCUGCAGUUCAACGUGAGCGACGACGCGGUGCCGGAGAUCGCCGAGUCGUUCAGCGUGGUGCUGCGGGAGGACAGCGUGCGCGGCGACGCCGUGCUGGUGGCACCCGCCGCCGCGCUGGUCACCAUCGAGCCCAACGACAAGCCGCACGGCGUGCUGUCCCUGGUCGCCGCCGCCGCCGCCACUCCUGGCCGGCCGGUCAGCAUCAACGAGGACGUCACGCAGAGAUUCGAGGGGAUCUCCGUGGUGAGGAACGGGGGUAACCACGGCGAGGUGUCCGUCAACUGGACCGUGAGCCGUAACUCCACCCCCGGCGUGCCCGUGUCCGACGACCUGACGCCCGCGGCGGGCACGCUGCUGUUCGCCGCCGGCCAGACCAGCGCCGUGCUGGUGCUGGACGUGGUCCCCGACAACCUCCCCGAAGAGGCAGAGGCCUUCCUCCUCCGGCUGCUGCCCGACACCGUGACCGGGGGAGCGGAGGUGGAUGAGCCCAUGGAGGUGGUGUUCUACCUCCGGGACAGCGACGACGUGUACGGCUCCUUCGGCUUCGACCCUCGGGAGGAGCAGAGCAUCCAGAGCCACCUGGACGGCCGCUUCCUGUCCCUCAGCUUCCUGCGGCAGGGCGGGGCCCUGGGGGCCGUGGCCCUGGGGCUGACGGCCCUCUACCUCCCCGCGGGGCCCCUGGACCCCAGCCUGGCCCGGGACCACGUCCUCAACGUCAGCCGCUCGCUCAGCCUGCGCUUCUCCGACGGCCAGCAGCGGGCGGGGCUGGUGCUUCCCAUCAGGAACGACGCCUUCCUGCAGAACGGAGCGCACUUCCUCAUACUGCUGGACAGUGUGGAGCUGGUGGACAUCCGGACCCCCAUCCCCUCCAUCAGCCCGCGGUUCGGGGGGGCUCUCAACCUGACCCUGACCGUGACCCCGGACAUCGCCAACGGGGAGAUCGGCUUCACCAGCAACGUCACGCUGGCGGUCGUUGAGCCGGAGGACGCUAACGCCACCACGGUGUCCCUGCCGCUGCGGCGCGACGGGACGGACGGCCGCGCCGAGGUGUUCUGGAGCCUGCGGCCGGUGGGUGCCGGCCGGGGGGAUAUCACUGCCGACGACCUCCGACCCUUCCGGGGCUCGGUGGUCUUCCUGUCCGGCCAGAGCGACACCUUCAUCAACUUCACCGUCAUGGCCGACGACGUCCCAGAGGUCAACGAGACGCUGCUGCUCUCCCUGGAUAGGAGCAACGUGGAGAACCAGAUCUUGAAGGCAGGCUUCACCAGCAGAGAGAUCGUCAUCCUGGAGAACGACGACCCUGGGGGCGUCUUCCAGUUCUCAGACCAAGGGCCCUGGGUCAUCAACGAAGGGGAGGCGGUGGAGCUGCGCGUGCUGCGGGCGGCUGGCCAGCUGCUGAGGCAGCUGGUGCGCUACACGGUGGCCCCCCAGGGCAGCGAGGAGUUCUACGGGGCCCCCGGCAUCCUGGAGUUCAACCCCGGGGAGCGGGAGGUGGUGGUGGCCCUGGUGGCCCUGCAGGACGGCGUGCCCGAGCUGGACGAGACCUUCUCCGUGGGGCUCAGCAGCCACAGCACUCCACCGAGCCGCAUCGGCCACCGCAGGGAGGUCAACAUCACGGUGCGGAGCAGCGACGACCCCUAUGGGGUCAUCGAGUUCAGCCAAUCAGGGCUGGCGGAGGCCAUCAACGAGAGCAAGGGGAGCGAGACACACCAGGCUUCAUACACCGUCACCAGGAACAGGGGUCGCUUCGGGGAGGUGUCCGUGUCCUGGGUUCUGGAUCCCGGUCACCAUGGAGACAUCAGCCCCACCCAGGGAGUCCUCGUCUUCCUUGAAGGAGAGUUCCUCCAGAACCUGACUGUCAGCUCUAUACCAGACGAGAUCCCUGAAGAGGUGGAACACUUCACCCUCACCCUGACCAACGUGACGGGGGGAGCAAGGCUGGGGAGCGCGCUCAAUGCCAGUCUACAAGUCAACAAGAAUGACGAUCCUAUUUAUUUUGCCGACCCCGUCGUCGUGCGAGUAGAGGAGGGAGGUGUGGCCAACUUCACGGUGGUCAGGGGCGGGCGGGCGGACUUCGUCGCCACGGUGAUGUACCGCGUGGAGUACGGCGGGGACGCCUCGCCGACGGACCUCGCCCCGCUGGGCAACGACACCACGCUGGUGUACCAGGUGGGCGAGUGGGAGAAGAACGUCUCCGUGGCGACGGAGGACGACGACCUGCCCGAGACGGACGAACCCUUUCACAUCCUGCUGUUCAACGCCACCGGGGAUGCUGUUGUGUACGGCGUGCACACGGCCACGGUGGUGAUCGAGGCGAACGACGACGCCAACGGGAUCUUCUCCCUGGACCCCACGGAGAAGGCUGUGGAGGAGGGCGCGACCAACGACUUCUAUGUGAGGCGGGCCAGGGGCCACUUCGGAGAGGUGAGCGUCUUCUGGCGGCUGUACGCCAACGACUCCCUGACGGCGCUGGAGGAGGGCCAGGAGUUCUCCAACACCUCGGGCUCCGUGGCCUUCAGCACCGGGGAGGGGAGCCGGCCCGUCGUCCUGGAGGCCAUCCCCGACAGGCUGCCCGAGUUCAACGAGUACUACGUCCCUCCGACUGGUCAACGUCUCAGGGGGGCACCCAGGGGGGGGCGGCCGGCUGGCCGACGCUGCCCUGGACGCCUCAGUGCUCGUCCCCUUCAACGACGACCCCUUCGGCGUCUUCGCCAUCGCCGACGGCAACCUGGACCAGGAGGUGGCGGAGGACGUGCUGUCGGACGAGGACAUGUCGGACGUGGCGUCGUUCAGCGUGCUCCGGGAGCAGGGCGCCUUCGGCGAGGUGCGGGUCGCCUGGGAGAUCCUCUCGGCCCGCUUCCCCCGCGGCCUCCCCCCCAUGGACGACCUCCUGCUCGCCGCCUCCUUCCCCGCCGCCGUGGAGCUCCGCCCCGCCGACCGGCGGCACCACUCCGGCACGGACGCCCGCGCCUUCUCCGGCGCGCCCGGCGCCCACGGGACGGUGGCCCCCGCCGACGCGCCGGGGCCCCUCGGCAACUUCACCUUCUCCGCCUGGAUGGCGCCGGCGCCGGACACGGACGGCUUCGUGGCGUCCAAGGGCGCGCCGGACGGGCCGCUGUACUACGGGGUGAAGGUGCAGACCAACCAGAGCCACGUCAGCCUGAUGCUCUACUACACGGCCCGGGGCGCCAACCGCACGCAGGUGGCCCGCGCCACGGCCGAGAACCAGAGGGGGGACGGCGCCUGGAUCCACGCGCUGGUCACGGUGGACGACGGCGUGGUGGGGUUCUACCUGGACGGGAGCCCCGUCCCUGGGGGGCUGCGGAGCAUCAAGGGGGAGGGCAUCGCCGACGGUGAGUUGGUUGAUGCACGU